AUGAACCGAUCAAAUGUUCAUCUUCUGAAUUUACCUGAUGAAAUAUUACUUAUUAUUUCGAAGUACUUGAACAAUAUGGAUGUACUUUAUUUUUUAUUUGAUAUUAACAAUGAACGCCUCAACAUUCUUGCACAAGAAAACAUUUUCAGCAACAUUUUAAAGUUUGUUUCCAUUGAUAAUAUUUCUAUCAUCGAUCGAUUCUGCAAUGAUAUAUUACCAAGAAUUCAUCAUAAUGUGAAAUGUUUUGCUUUUGAUGCAGUUUUUAUGGAACGUAUUCUUCUUGCUACUGACUAUCCGAAUUUAACUGAACUUACAAUUUUUCAUUUCCAACAAGAAAUCGCUUUAAAUUAUUUUACAAAACCAUCUGUUGUGCUCUAUCCAUAUUUAUCACUUUAUUAUCCACCUUUAUCACUUUUUAAUUUGCCAUCGACUACUUUUUCAUCUCCAAUUCUUACUCAUUUAUAUAUCAAUGUUGAAACAUUUGCUGAUUGUCUUUAUUUACUUGAUGGUCGACUUAGAAAAUUGACAACAUUGUGUGUUAUUGUUCAUCAUAUGGACACAUUUUCAGAAACUGUUCACAAUAUGGAUAAACUAUUGAAUCUAAAAUGUUUCUCAUUAAAAUCGUUCUAUCCAUUUCAACAGUAUGAUAAAAUUAUAUUACUUCUUCGUCGUAUGUCAAAUUUGGAAAAAUUAACUCUAAAUCUUUCUAUACAAGAUCGAAAUAGAGUCAUUGGUGGUACUCAUGUUCAACAUGAUAUUUUGAAUUAUAUGUCACAACUUUGUUCAUUCACUUUCUAUAUUUGUACUUAUGUCGAUCUGGUUGCUGUACCCUACAAGUUAUCUAGUGAAGAUAUUCAACUAACAUUAGCGAAUAUUGGACAACAACAUAUCAGUAGUAUGGUCAAUUAUGUUACUGGUAUUGUCAAUUAUGCUUUUGAAGUUAGAGCUGCAUGCUCAAUUUUCUCACUUCCUUUUGAAUUUGAUUAUCUUCGAGAUAUUGGCAAUAACUUUCCAAAUAUUGUAUUCAGUUAUGUUACGUAUUUGCUUAUAGAAGAUAUUACUCCAUUCGAACAUGAAUUCUUCAUGCGAAUUGCCCGAUCCUUUCCAUUAUUAAAGCAUUUAUGUAUUUGGAAUAAAAAAUCACAAGAAUUGGAUGGUCUUAUAACAUUUUCACCUGACAAUUGUCGAUUACACUCAAUUAUUGAAUAUCCCCAUCUGACUAUACUUGAUGUCAAAUGGGCACAUAAAGAUUAUAUUGAACAAUUUCUAAAUGGAACAAAGACAUUCGUACCUUGUCUAACGCAAUUUGAAGUCUCAUAUAUUGAUGAUUUAAAAGCUGUAACAAAAAACUUUACAAGAGAAGAAACACGACGCAAUUGUGCUAAGGUGGAAAAAAUAACUGCGAUACAGGGUGUGAUACAUUCAAAAGAUUUAUGUCUCUAUUUUCCAUCGUUGUAUAAGUAA